AAGCGUGAUGGAGAUAGAAUUAGGCGGCGGAGGGGAAUUCAAAUCACAUUAUCAACAUGAGUUGUCCAGAAAAUAUCACAGAGCAACCCUCUACGUUUCUGUUCACGUCCGAGUCAGUGGGUGAAGGCCAUCCAGACAAAAUGUGUGACCAGAUCAGUGAUGCUAUCUUGGAUGCUCAUAUCAAACAAGACCCAGAUGCCAAGGUUGCCUGUGAGUGUGUGGCUAAGACAGGGAUGGUGUUGGUGUGUGGGGAAAUCACAUCAGAGGCUGUUGUGGAUUACCAGGAUGUUAUCCGUCAAACUGUCCGUCAGAUUGGCUAUGAUCAGUCAAAGAAAGGCUUUGACUACAAGACGUGUAAUGUGUUGGUGGCUAUCGAGCAGCAGAACCGAGAGGCUCGUAACCAUGUCCACAAGGAGGACACUGAAGAGGAGAUAGCAGCAGGAGAUCAGGGUUUGAUGUUCGGGUACGCCACAGAUGAAACAGAAGAGUGCAUGCCCCUGACUGUUGUACUUGCACACAAACUCAAUGCUAAAGUUGCUGAACUUCGUCGUAAUGGUGGUCUCCCCUGGGCAAGACCAGAUACUAAAACACAGGUGACUGUGGAAUACCGAAUAGACCGAGGAGCAUGUAUUCCCCUGAGGGUGCACACUAUUGUCAUGUCCGUCCAACACAACGAGGAUGUGUGUCUGGACACGCUGAAGAGAGAGCUGAUGGAUAAGGUAGUGAGGGUGGUGGUGCCAGAGACCUACCUAGACCAGGACACCAUCUAUCAUAUACAGCCCUCGGGGAGCUUCAUUGUAGGGGGACCUCAGGGAGAUGCUGGACUAACAGGCAGGAAGAUUAUUGUCGACACGUAUGGGGGCUGGGGUGCCCAUGGGGGUGGGGCCUUCUCAGGGAAGGAUUGCAGUAAGGUAGAUCGCUGUGCAGCAUAUGCAGCGAGGUGGGUGGCGAAGUCGCUGGUCAAGGCAGGUUUAUGUCGCAGAGCUCUAGUUCAGAUUUCUUAUGCAAUUGGUAUUACUGAGCCGCUAUCAGUCACUAUAUUCAGCUAUGGAACAGCCUCAAAAUCUGAGAAGGACUUACUGAAAAUUGUGAAGGAGAACUUUGACCUGCGCCCUGGGAGAAUCAUCAAAGAGCUGGAUCUGAAGCGACCAAUUUACCAGAGAACGGCUGCGUAUGGCCACUUUGGCAGGCCAGAAUUCUCGUGGGAAAUCCCCAAAACACUUGUUUACUAACAUUUCUUGUUAUCCUUUAAGCUCAGAUGUAAAAUUCAUCGCACAGUCAGAGUCACAUUGAUUUAUGAGGUCAGUUGGAUGUGUACAUAUUCAAGAUUUGCUCGCAGUGCUCAUGGUUGUUCAUUAAAAAAGAUAAUAGUGGAAAACUGUGACUAUCCCGGCCAUUGUAGUGUUACCUCUGAUCUUAUUCGUAUUAAUUUGGAUAUCAAGUCUUGAAUUGUAAAGAAACUUCAAGUAAAUGCGAAAUUUUCUUAAAAUGUGGCAUGGUAUGUUAAAAGUUGUCUCCUCACAAAACAUUAGGUUACAGUGUGUCUGGUUAAUCAGCUUGUUGAGAUCCAGAUUUACUCCAUCAACUGAUCAUUGUCAAACUUCAUGUACACAGCACUUACACAUGUACAUUCAAGAAGGGGAGGCCCUUCAUGCCUGUUGUCUUUGGCAUGAUACUUCAGUUGUGACAGGACUUGCCCUGCCUCAAGAAGACACAGUAUAUGCACACGCACGUCAUUAUAUGACUGAAAGUUGUUAAGUAUGAAGUCAAACCCCAAUCAUGCGUACAUCCAGUGAGAAUAUGCUUUUGUUUUUCCGAUGUAGCCCACAUCUGUUAUUAAACAUCUUUAACAAGGUAUAUACUUGAUAUUCUAUGUUCUUAUCUAAUAGUGAAAUUGAUCUCAGACUUCGUACAAACAUCCCUAAGCGGGGCCUCCAUGACUCAGUUGGUUAAAGCGCUAGCGCAGCGUAAUGACCGUAAGGAGUCUCUCACCAAUGCUGUCGCUGUGAGUUCAAGUCCAGCUCAUGCUGGCUUCCUCUCCGGCCGUAUGUGAGAAGGUAUGUGAGAAGGUAUGUCAGCAACCUGCGGAUGGUCGUGGGUUUCCCCCGGGCUCUGCCCGGUUUCCACCCACCAUAAUGCUGGCCGCCGUCGUAUAAGUGAAAUAUUCUUGAGUACGGCGUAAAACACGAAUCCAAAAAAAAAAAAAACAUCACUAAACAGUUAAGGAGCCUAAUAUUUGAAACUCAACAGGUUCAGCGCAUAUUAAUUGUCUUAAUGAGUUAUUCUAGUCUAAUCAUCGCAUAUUUUUUUCUGAUCUACUAAUCCAAUUGUUCUCAACGCUGGUGCACAGCUCAGUCAACCAACCUACAAAAAAAGUGAUAUCAUAAAUUCAGCACAUAUUAUGCAGUUGCAUAUAAAUUACCUUUAAAAGUUUUUUUAUGAUUUAUGUUUAAGUUAAACCAUGCAGGUUAUCCACUAUUUUGUUAAGAUACAGCAUAUUUCGAGUGAGUUGUAUGAAAUGAAACUGAUCGCCCCUCUUAAAUUCUAUGGGCUACUGCAAGUGUAAUAUAUAACAUCACACUAUACAUACACCAAAUUUCGUGACAAACAACUGAUGAGGAGGUGUGUAUCUCUAAUAAAAUUAUUUCACACUGUCGGAUAAUCUCAGUUCUCUGCAUUCAGUUUUGUCUGCUGUUCACUGCAGUAUGAUAACAGCUAAACUUGUUCAGAGCUAGCCAAGUCACAUCUAAUGAAGUCAGAUGAAUAAAAGUUGUGCUGUUGGUGUCUAAUUAAUUAGACUUUUUACUGUUCUGUACAUAUAUGUGGAUGUGUAUCAUUGCUGUUUUUUCUAGUUUGUUGUGUUCAAAGUAAAAGGCUUAUCUCAAGGGCAGAUUUACGCUGUUUUGCUCACCAGUCUGUAAAGUGGUUGACACUGUCAUUACCUGACAGCUCUAUCCGACCAUUUACUACUUAUCUGACAUUGUCUGACAACUCUAUCCAACCAUUUACUACUUAUCUGGCAUUAUCUGACAACUCUAUCCAACCAUUUACUACUUAUCUGACAUUAUCUGACACCUCCAUCCAACCAUUUACUGCUUAUCUGACAUUAUCUGACAACUCUAUCCAACCAUUUACUACUUAUCUGACAUUAUCUGACAACUCUAUCUGACCACUUACUACUUAUCUGACAACUCUGUCCGACCAUUUACUACUUAUCUGACAACUCUAUCUGACCACUUACUAUUUAUCUGACAACUCUAUCCAACCAUUUACUACUUAUCUGACAUUAUCUGACAACUCUAUCCGACCGUUUACUACUUAUCUGACAUUAUCUGACAACUCUAUCCGACCAUUUACUACUUAUCUGACAUUAUCUGACACCUCCAUCCAACCAUUUACUACUUAUCUGACAUUAUCUGACGCCUCUAUCCAACCAUUUACUACUUAUCUGACAUCUGACAACUCUGUCCAACCGUUUACUACUUAUCUGACAUUAUCUGACAACUCUAUCCAUCCAUUUACUACUUAUCUGACAUUAUCUGACACCUCUAUCCAACCAUUUACUACUUAUCUGACAUUAUCUGACAACUCUGUCCAACCAUUUACUACUUAUCUGACAUUAUCUGACAACUCUAUCCAACCAUUUACUACUUAUCUGACAUUAUCUGACACCUCCAUCCAACCAUUUACUACUUAUCUGACAUUAUCUGACAACUCUAUCCAACCAUUUACUACUUAUCUGACAUUAUCUGACAACUCUAUCUGACUACUUAUCUGACAACUCUAUCCAACCAUUUACUACUUAUCUGACAACUCUGUCCGACCAUUUACUACUUAUCUAACAUUAUCUGACAACUCUAUCCCGACCAUUUACUGCUUACCUGACAUUAUCUGACAACUCUAUCUGACCAUUUACCACUUUAUUUUAUGAGCUGUACUUAUGAUGCUUUUUUUUUUAUGAGACUGCUCAUAGACAUGUCUAAAUUUGUCUUUUUUGUUAUUUCAGUUAUUUCUCUCAAACUAAUAAAGUCUUAAACCUAAAAAAAUAUGUGCCAUUAAAGUAUAGAACUUCUUGUAAACAAAGGGUUAAUUGAUGUUAUGUAUGUUAGCCAGUCCUAUACUCUGUAGUCAUAAAGGUGACUUUGUGUAAUGCAUUCUGCGUCAAACUGAGUUUCAUUGACUUUGUUUAUGCAAAAGCAUAAGAUUCUAACCAUUGGUUAACCGCGAGUAACCAUGAGUUACUCAUUCUACGGUAGAGAGAAAAGUGAUAAAAUGAGUGCCUUAUAUCGGAUCUGUAUAUCUGCAUGGAAUAAGCUAGUAGUAUUGAUAUCGGAAGCGGGAUUUCGUAAUCUUUCAUUUGAUUGGUAAAACUAAGCCUAUCCCUGUUACAAUUGAUAUCCUCUAGCUGUUUCUCAGUCAAUCUACCAUCAUAAUUUGCUGGUAACGGUAGACAUAGUUAAAAAAUAAUAAUGAAGAAAACAUUAUUUUGAUUUUAACACCUAUUAAUGAUGUACUGUCUUAUUACAUGAGUAAAACACCAAUCAAAUAAAUAAAUAUUACUUAAAGGGUUAAAUCUUAAUGAAAUGUUAUAAACAAAUGAAUAAAUAUUGCUUAAGCCCUAGAUGCUUUUGAUACUUGUUAUUCAUGUUGUGAAGUGGUGUUUGACUGAGGAUUUUCAGUGUAUGUUGAAGUUUAAAUCCAGUAGAGGUGGAGCCUGUUUGUUGAAGUGUACAAGUAACAUGGUACACAAAUAAUAAUCCAAGUCACACAAAAAUGUAAAUACUCGGUUUUAUUUUAGAUCUGAUGUUGGAAUCUGUUUAAGGACUUCAAACAAACUAUUUAUGGAACAUAACCACAUAUUUUUGUUAUGUUGAACAGCUGGCAGUUUGUGUUUACAUCUGUUUUUAUUUCGUACACUGUAACAUUUUGUUUUCCUUUUUCAUUCUUUUUAAUGAGAUACACAUAUUCAAAUCCUGUUAUGUUAUAUAUUAUUGAAAGCAAAGAGGAAUGACAAGAAUAUCAAAUGUCUGAAUUUGAUUAAAAUCAGUAUUUCUUGUUCGUAACUUUUUUAUGUUAAUCUUAUUUCCAACAGUGUUUUAUUCUUGGCCUAAAAAAGUAGGUUUUGUUGCUGAAUUUGAUUGUUUGAUUCCCCUGUAUUUGUAUUGCAGGUGCCUCAAGUGCAGAGAAAUAAUUCACAUAUUGUAUUUACUGUAUUUGA